AUGAGUUUCGGCUUUUCAUAUCCAAAGCCAAGUUUUCAAUCAUCCAUCUAUGAUCCUACAUUCUAUCUAUCAUUAGAUUCAAGUGGCUAUCUAACACUUGAGUACGCAAAUACUCUAUAUCUUAGCAUAACAUCGCUAAGUGCUACGAACCUAACUGGUUCGCUACAAACCGGAUCUCAACCCAAUAUAACGUCCCUCGGCACUCUAAGUGGCCUUACAAUUAGUGGAAAUCUAUCAUUUAGUGAAUCAUCGCGAUCAAUAACGCUAACUGGCACUUCAAGCUACAUUGAUGCUCGGGAGUAUCGACAGAACGGUGUAUCGUACGACCUAAGUACAUUUUUUACAGGAGAAGUCUCGGCCUCAUAUGGAGUUAUCCAGGCGUCUACUAUUUGGGCAUCCGACUCGGCCAAUUGCAACCAAAUGGCAUGGAGCUAUGAUUUGGGAGCAUCAAAUGCUUUGCCGUUCGCCGAAAGGUCGCGGAUCUACGUGGACGGCUCUGCAAAUUCAUAUCCUCUUCGGAUCGAUAACGGAUUUAGUCCUCUGGUGAUAUCAACUACACAGGAGAAAAUAUUUGGAAAACCUCCGUUAAAAAUUUUCAAAUCGAUUGCUAUUACAACCAAUCUGGGGUUGGACAGACGACUUCUUUUGGUAUCCGCUCUAUUCCAGGAGGGUUAA